AUGACCAACUAUCCGCUUGGAGCACCUGCAUUACUUAAUGAUUUUUAUGUAGAUGACUGUUUAAGCGGAACUAACAGCAUCAUUACCGCCUUAGACACUCAACAACAACUUACGGAACUGCUCAGUAAAUCAGGAUUUAAGCUGAGAAAAUGGUGCUCAAAUAAUACACGACUCCUACAAAACAUUCCGAUAGAAGACCAAGAAAUCAACCUUGAUUUAGAUGACUCAGCCAUAAAGCCAACAAAACCAUUAGGCAUUAUUUGGCUCCCGAAAUCAGACGAAUUUUGCGGUAAUGCAGAGAUGUCAUCAGAGCAACCUAUCACGAAGCGGAUUGUGGCAUCGGACUUAGCUCGAAUUUUUGAUCCUUUGGGAAUUUUUGGCCCCAUUACUGUAACAGCUAAAAUAUUCAUGCAGGAAUUGUGGCAACAAAACUAUUCCUGGGAUGCGGAACUGUUAACUCAGGCUCAGCUAGAAUGGAAGCGUUUUAGAAAUGACUUACAAACAUUAAAUACUGUGAAAGUACCCAGACAUAUUUUUAAUUCGACGGUUCCCUGUUCGAUUCAAUUACACGUGUUUACGGAUGCAUCAGAGAAGGCAUAUGGAGCAGCUAUAUACGUGCGAGCAAUAUAUAAUGAUAAGACAAUAACAUCGAGACUAUUGUGCGCCAAAUCUAGAAUAGCACCAUUAAAGAAACAGACACUUCCACGACUAGAACUCUGCGCAGCAUUGCUGGGAGUCGAAUUAGCAGAAAGAGUUAAACAAGAUUUAAAGUAUCAAAACGUGCCAACCUACUUUUGGUCCGAUUCCAAAAUUGUUUUGUCAUGGAUAAUAUCUUCAUCUGCCUCAUUGCACACAUUCGUAGCAAAUCGUAUUAGCAAAAUUCAAGAGAUGUCACAUGCUGAUCAAUGGCAUCAUGUGGCAUCAAAGGAUAAUCCUGCUGACAUCAUUUCCAGAGGAAUAAAGCCAAACCCAAAGGCAUUUAACAUCUCAACUGAUAUCGAAAGACGACAAGGACAUACAGUUAACAUUAUCAUUCAAACGACUGGUUCUGAUCACAUGAUAAAUCAAAUUGAUCAUCGAAACUCAUUCAGAUACCUCCAAAGAACAAUUGCUUAUGUUCGCCGUGUAUUUCAUCGCACACAAUCACCAACAAAAACACUUUCUCCAAAGGAAUUACGAGAUGCAUUAGUCUUCAUAAUUAAAACUAUUCAGGGCUCAGAAUUUGCAAAGGAAAUCUCUGACUUAAAACAAUGUAAAGCAAUCAACAGUUCGAGUCAACUAAAUACUUUAGCACCGUUCAUUGACGAACAAGGUGUACUUCGUGUUGGAGGAAGGCUUGAAGCAUCAACAUUGCCAUAUGAUGCUAAACACCCAAUGGUAAUUCCUUACAAUCACUCAAUAGUGAAAUUGAUGUUCAAAAUGAAACAUGAAGAAAAUUCCCAUUGUGCUCCACAAUUAUUGCUAAGCAUAAUGAGACAAAACUUCUGGCCGAUUAAAGGAAAGAUUAUGGCGCGAAACAUUGUUCACAGCUGUGUCAUCUGUUCAAAGGCAAAACCAAAACUGAUGGACCAACUCAUGGGCAACUUACCGACUGAUCGAGUUACUCUGACUAAACCAUUUUUUACCACAGGAGUUGAUUACUGUGGUCCGAUAUGGAUUCAUUAUAAAAUUAGAGGAAAAAGGCCAACAAAGGCAUAUUUAGCAGUAUUUUGCUGUUUCGCGACUAAGGCUGUUCACCUAGAAGUGGUGAGUGACCUGACAACAGAGGCAUUCAUAGCCGCUAUUUAA